AUGGUCGGGACAUCCUUGACUCCAGGUGUACACUGUCAGACUUGCAAACGCGAUUACUGCCUCAAGCAUCGUCUCGGGGAGGACCACGACUGCAAGAACUUGACACCACUGGGCUCGCGGCUUGUGCAAGUGGACGAUGUCACCAAAAAAGCAAAAUCUGCCCUUGAAAGGCUGAAGGCAUGGGGAAGCACGAAGAAGGAGCAAGCAGGUAGGGCUCUUCCGAAGCCAAAGCCGAGUUCCGCCUCAGCCAGACUGGUCGCUGUCAACAACUUGAAGAAGUCUGCCAAGGGCGAUGACAAACUUCCUGCCGAAAAGCGCGUCUAUUUACUGGGUGGUCGGCAGGGUCUUGGAUUCUGCGGCGAAACAGUUGCAGGUUCAAAACAUCAACAACCAGAGCUCGGAUGA